CUCGGGGCCCAAUUCCAGAAGAGUACAGCUAAACAAGUUAAAACUGUUUAUUAGCUAAACUGACUACAGUCUAUUAGCUCAAAUCUUAAGUAAAUCACAGCGCCAGAUCGGUGUACCGCGGAGACAAAGAGAGGAGGAGGGGCGGGGUUUCAGGAGUUUUACAUGAGACGAGAUAUUGCUUCCUAGUUAAGCUUACUGGUGUGUGUGUGUGUGUAGAUGUGUGACAGCGGUGUGUGUGAAGACAAGCCCCCCGCCCCCCCUGUCAGAAUGAACAGCCAAGGAGGCGGAGCCAAGGACUCCGUGUCGGGCAACUACAACUCUCGGUCCCUCCCCUCUGUUCCUGAGGAGAAACAGAAACGAAAUAAAAUCAUCUCCAUGUUCGCCUCCGAGAAAGGAGGCAGGAAGAAGGAUCGUGAUAAGGACAACAGACCAGAGAUCUCCUCUCCGUCAGACUUUGAACACACCAUCCAUGUGGGCUUCGACUCUGUCACAGGAGAGUUCACAGGCAUGCCAGAGCAGUGGUCCAACCUGCUCCAGACGUCUAACAUCAGUAAAUCGGAGCAGAAGCAGAAUCCUCAGGCUGUUCUGGACAUUCUCAAGUUCUAUGACUCCUCCACCGCAAAACAGAAAUACCUCUCCUUCUCAGAAAAAGAUGCACAGUCGCCUGGAAAGCAGGGUGCCACGUCCUCGCCAUCCGACGGUAAAGAUGGUGAAGAUGAUGACGAUGAUGGAGACGAAGCUCCGCCCCCUAUUGUGGCACCACGGCCUGAGCACACCAAAUCAGUGUACACCAAGUCUGUCAUCGACCCACUUCCUCCGCUGCCAGAGCCUGACUCCGCCUCCAACAGGAACAAGAAGAAACAGCAGGGCAAGAUGACUGACGAGGAAAUCAUGGAGAAACUACGAACCAUCGUCAGUAUUGGAGAUCCCAAGAAGAAGUACACACGCUAUGAGAAGAUCGGCCAGGGAGCGUCUGGUACUGUCUACACAGCCAUCGAUGUUGCCACUGGUGCAGAGGUAGCUAUCAAACAAAUCAACCUCCAGAAACAGCCGAAGAAGGAGCUGAUCAUCAACGAGAUCCUGGUGAUGAAGGAGUUACAGCAACCUAACAUCGUCAACUACGUAGACAGUUUCCUGGUAGGUGAGGAGUUGUUUGUGGUGAUGGAGUAUCUGGCUGGAGGUUCACUCACGGACGUUGUCACGGAAACAUGCAUGGACGAGGCUCAGAUCGCUGCUGUGUGCAGAGAGUGUCUGCAGGCUCUGGAGUUUCUCCAUGCCAACCAGGUGAUCCACAGAGACAUCAAGAGUGACAACGUGCUGCUGGGCAUGGACGGAUCUGUCAAGCUCACUGACUUUGGGUUCUGUGCCCAGAUCACUCCAGAGCAGAGUAAAAGAAGCACCAUGGUGGGGACUCCCUACUGGAUGGCUCCUGAGGUGGUGACCAGGAAGGCCUACGGACCCAAGGUGGACAUCUGGUCCCUGGGCAUCAUGGCUAUAGAGAUGGUGGAGGGAGAACCCCCUUACCUCAACGAGAACCCACUCAGGGCCCUCUACCUGAUAGCCACCAAUGGGACUCCAGAGCUCCAGUCUCCAGAGAAGUUAUCUCCAGUGUUCAGGUCCUUCCUGUCCCGCUGUCUGGAGAUGGAUGUAGAGAAGAGAGGAGGGGGGAAAGAACUACUGCAGCAUCCAUUCCUAAAGCUGGCCAAGCCUCUCUCCAGCCUCACCCCUCUCAUCCUGGCAGCCAAGGAGGCCAUGAAGAGUAACCGCUAACCCUGGUUAGCCACAGAUACACUGGAUUCCUAUGUCUCUAUGUUAGCCUGAGCGCUAACUGCUAGCCUUACCAGCUAACUUCCAGCCCUACUCUGCCAACUCGUCAGUGCCUCUCUGUAACUGACAGCAUCUCCUCCUUGAUGCUAAACACCAGCCUGCUAGCACCCUGGCUCGUACACCUACAAGUCACACAAGUCGGCUUCCUGCUCUGUUUGACUCCCCUUCCCCUCUGUCCACCCCUCACUCCAUAUCACACACCAGUCUUCCUAUGUCUUUUACCCCCUCCCUGUCUGUCCCUCACAUCCCCCUCAUCUGUCCCUCACCCCCUCCUCAUCUGUCCCUCACCCUCACUCCAUAUUACACACCAGUAUUCCUAUGUCUCUUACCCCUCCCUGUCUGUCCCUCACCCCCACUCCUCAUCUGUCCCUCACCCGCCCUCCAUUUUCCUCACCCUCUUUUUCAUUCAGAUGUUGUGAGGUUUUCUUGUUCUGUUUGUCUCUCUUCCUGCUACCUGUUCUUUCUCUCUCUUUACUCUGACUAAGAAACUUAAAGGUGCAAUCUGUAACUUUUUUUUGUCCCACAAACAAAUGGUUCAUUUCAAGCCUCCAGUAUCAGUGUUGCAGUACACCUUCAAAUAAAACUACAGAUUGCACCUUAAAAAUAAUUGCUGUAUGGAACUAUCUCGGUAUUCAAUUCAAAUAUUUUGGCAGCAAAACCAAAUAAAACAUUUCAAAGUCGUUUUGUAUAUUAUGUACUUUGGCAAACGUUGAGGGGUAAAAACCUGGAUAUUUAGACAACUGUUUUUUAAUGUGUAUGAAUACUUUUCAUUCUGUGUUUUGUGACUAACAUUCUGAUAGAAACCUUCCAUAACGGUGUGCCUUAAUGAACACAACAUCUAGGCUCUAUGGGGUGAAUCCUAACUUUCACUUCAUUAAGUUGAAUUGUCACUUAGUCUCCUAUUGACAUCAACGCAUGACUACGUGAAAACGUAGUGGAAGUUAGGAUUUGCUCCUAUGAUUGGCCAAUCAAAAAGCAUUCCACCGUGCUAGACUAGUUCCAUUCCAUUUCAGAGACAUUCCAGUCAGAGAGGUUGAUUGGUUGAGUCUGAUGAUGUUGAUGAUUUUAAUAAGUAUCCCCUUCUGUUGUUCAUUUUUAAUUAAUGAAACCAAACCUUUUUUUUACAGGAAGCCAUGUAUUUUCAAACAGACUAUGUAAAUGAUUAAAGAUAGACUUGAACUAA